UCUGUCUCUACAAAAAAAAAUAAAAAAUAAAAAAAAUUUUUUUUUCACAGCACAUCUAAGAUCCUCUCACAGCACUGGGCACACCAGUUGAAAAUCACUGUUUUAUACAAAUUAUAGUUAUAAAAAAUGGUUAAUGAUUCUUCUAUCUUUCUUUACAACAAUGAUUUUAUUGUUUGGGUAAAGGAGGAACAUUAAUUAAUUUUAAUUUUAAGAAAUGAAUGCCUAAAGUAGUACAAAAUAAAACUAAAAAAAUACUACUAUAAAAUAUAGGUAAGUUUCAUUCUAGGGAUCUCUCUAUGCCAGUGCUACUUGAUGUGAUGUAUUGAGUAAUAGGGUCAGCCUAUUACUGGGAGCUUGUUAAAAAUGCUAAUUCUUGAGCCAGAGCCCAGAUAGACUGAAUUAGAAUCUCAAGGGUGGGGCUCAGCAAGCUGUUAUAAUAAGCCCCACAGGUACUUCUUGAGCCUUAUUUCAGAGAUAUUGCAGGUUUAGUUACAGACCACUGUAAUAAAGUGAAUAUUGCAGUAGAGCAAGUCACAAGAUUUUUGGUUUCCAAGUGCAUAUAAAAGUUAUGUUUAUACUAUAUUAUAGUCUAUUAAGUAUGCAAUAGCAUCAUGUCUUCAAAAAAGAUAAACCUUAAUUAAAAAAAAUUUUUUUAAUGAUUUCAAAUUUAUUAAUUUAAGUAAGCAGAUUGCAUCUCCUUUUUGAGUAAAUCACGUGCUGCAGAGAGCCCCAAAGCUUGAUGACAUUCUGUAAGUUACACGUUACACAAAUGGAUCUGAAGAAACAUUACCUCUUCUUGUCCCAAUUUUGAUCCUAAACAAAAAUCCAAUUCCAAAAGCAAUUAAGAAUUACUUCAGUCUACCAAUGUUGGAAUAGUUGCAGAUGUAAAACCUUGUCUUCUCUACUCCUCUUACCACUGGUUCGCUCCACAAAUCCCAGCUGGUGCAGAGCAGCCAUGCCUAAGAACAACCUAAGAACUCAGCCUCGAGACCACCAGCAUUCUGGUGGGUUUGCUGAGCCUUCAGGAUGUGUGUGACUACAGCUUCUGGGAACUUUUCAUCUUUGCACGAUGUUCCUGGUCAACCACCCACUGAUAUUUUCAGCGUCUGAAGCGCUUUAAGGUGCUGUGGCCUCUAUCUUUUGGGUUGAUGCUGAUUUAGGGAGUGAUAUUUAUCUGGAUGGUAUCAUAACUGUUGUAGAUUCAAAAUAUGGAUUAAAACAUUUAAUGGAAGAAAAACCUGAUGGUCUUAUCAAUGAAGCUUCUAGGCAGAUUGCUUUGGCAGAUAUCAUUCUCAUCAAUAAAACAGACUUGGUUCUAGAAGAGGAUUUAAACAAAUUAAGAACAACCAUUAGAUCAAUAAAUGGACUAGGAAAAAUUUUGGAAACACAGAGAUCAAGAGUUGAUCUGUCUAAUAUAUUAGAUCUCCAUGCAUUUGACAGUCUCUCUGGAAUAAGUUUGCAGAAAAAACUUCAACAUGUGCCAGCAAUACAACCUCACCUUGACCAGAGUAUUGUGACAAUCACAUUUGAAGUACCAGGAAAUGUGAAGGAAGAAAGUCUAAAUGUAUUUAUUCAGAAUCUCCUGUGGGAAAAGAGUGUGAGAAACAAGGACGAUCGCUGCAUGGAGGUCAUACGGCUAAAGGGGCUGGUGUCAGUCAAAGACAAACUACAACAAGUGAUUGUCCAAGGUGUCCAUGAGCUCUAUGAUCUGGAAGAAGCUCCAGUGAGCUGGAGAGAUGACAGCGAGAGAACAAAUCGAUUGGUCUUUAUCGGUAGAAAUUUAGAUAAGGAUAUCCUUAAACAGCUGUUUAUAGCUACUGUGACAGAAGCAGAAAAGAGGUGUACAACACAUUUCAAAGAAGAUCAAGUUUGUUCAUAACACUAGAAGCACCUCUUAUCAAAAGGAUGGAUAAUAAAAAUGAGAAUAAGUUUCCUACUG